CAUGACCUCCCCUCGAUUGGGUUGCACGCGCACGGGCCAGCGCCUGUUCCUGGUCCGCUGACUCUGGCGUGCCUAACGUACUUGUUACUUGUUGACGUACCGGCAUGCUCGCGCCAGAGGGAAACGUGCCCACCAACGACAGCUCCAGCUCUCCGACGCGCCUCAGCAGCCGCGCCGCCAGCAGAUGGCAUCGCCGACGCCGACGUCGCACAGCGGACUCCUCGAAUUGCACUUUGCGACACGCAUGAUUUAGGUUGCGCCGUGUCGCCGUGUUCAUUGCGCCUCGCCGCUCGGAGCUCGCAGCUCAGGGUUGAAGACUGAAACCGAAGAUGGCUGCCAUGGCCAACACCUCGCAUGCUGCACCAGGCAACGACGACGAGGGCUCCGCAAUGGAAGGCAUCUCUCCCAAGCACCAGAGCUCGAUGACGCAUGCGGUUACGCAGUCGCUCGGGCAGAUAGGCAACGGCAUCGCGUCCCUCGAGGCUCGCGCAGACCCAGAUGCGCAGACGACCGUUACCGACUUCCUCGACUUCACCGAGUACCUGCCCUCCGACGUUGUUCGAUCUCUGACGCUUAUCGGCCAGCUCGACCAGACUUACGCGGAGGCCUCGUACAAAGUCAACGACCUGACCACCGUAUGGGGCCGCCUGCCUAGCCUCACGGCCGAUGAGCGUCCCUCGCCGGUCCAGCUGCGGGCUGACAUAUCGGAGCACCUGAACCAGGCAGUGAGCUCCAGGGUCUUCGCGCACUCCGAAGCCAUGAGGAUGUCGGAAAAUGUGCACAGGCAUUACAACAAGGCCAAGGUGCUGCUGUCGAAGCUGCAGACCAUGAUGGACAACUAUCCGACCGAGGAAGCGAAGAGCCCCGUGGCCCCCAAGUCGCCGCAGAUGAUGCGAGCCAAGUUGGGCGUGCGGACUGGAGGGGAAGGAGGCCAGAAGGUUAAGCGACAGCAAGUUCCUCGGAUAGUGGUUCCCGGCGAGGUCCUGGCGCCGUAUGAUCUCGAGUAUGACACUUUUACCGACGAGAGCGACGUGAGCUCCGACGAAGAAUCUGAUACUCCAGGGCCGCGCCGAACCCCAGCGCCCCAAGCCCGAAUUAAGCUUACCAACAAUAAAACUCCAAAGACCCCGAGCCGUCUCGCGCGCCCAGUUCAAUAUCCAAAUGCAGCUCUUAGCGCAGCAGCAGCCGCCAAUGCCGCGGCCCUGCUUCACCCACCGCCAGAAAACGCAGUUCUGGGUAGUCCAGAUGCGCCAUGGCUGCAGCUCACGCAAUACGAGCUGGCAAAGCUCCGGAAGCGCAUGAAGAAAAACGCAACGUGGACACCCAGCGAGACCAUGAUCGCAAGAGAACUCAAGGCCUUGGGUCGAGGCCCGGACGCAUUCAGAGAGGCUAAGAAGAAGGCUGAGGAGGAGGGAAAGUCCUUCUCACCUCCCGUCCCCACACCCGUAGUCGACGAAGAAUCCGGAACCCAACAGCUACCCGCUGGAGCCAUUAGUGCCGACACCCUGGCAGCCGAGGAAGUUCCCACAAGCAACAGGGGAAUGAAGCUAAACGAGGCCAAGAAACUCAAGAGGGAGGCACUCGCGAAACUUGCAGCUGAAGAGGCCGAAGAGUCUGCGAGGAAGAUGGCGGAGACAGCCAAGUUGUUCUUCGGCAGCAACGGUAACCAAAACGCUUCUGCAUCUGAAGCCCCCAAAGAGACAGCAUCUGGCGCAAAAGGCGGAAAAUCGCGGACAGCCUCGCGAUCGACGAAACGCAAGAGGGAAGCGGAGCCCGAAGGCGUCCCCGAUAUUCAAGAACCGGCGGAAACUCCAUCCUCGCGGCCACAUACCAAACGAACCAAAACCGAGACGCCAAUCCCGCCUCCUCAUCAUCCUUCGAUUAACCAUAGCAAGGUGCCAACUCCCGAAAACUCAUCUUCCUCCAAUGCCCUGUCGACUCCUGCCGAAUUUACGGUGGUGACGCACUCCGAAACCCCCGUCCCUCUCCCCAUCCCUCCUCAAGGAUCGUCCGCGGCCGCUCGAGCAGCGACGUCCCCAACCCCGAGUGCAUCUAACUCUAACACAGUGACCACUUCUAUCCCUGUUAAACUACCCCCGGCAGAGACACCGGUCCCUCUUCCCGCCUCCGAGCAGCGGAAGUCGGCAACACCGGUGCUGCCCCCGGUCAGAGAGACGCCCACACGAGAGACGAGCAAGCGGGAAACUCGCGGCGAAGCAGCGAAACGGACGCAGCAGCAGCACCAGACGCCCAUCGUGGUCCAGCCUCGACAGCCUUCCCAGGCCCCUGAACCGGUUAUUAAGCAAUCCUCCUCACGAGCCGCGACUCCUCGGACAACUCCCGCGCCCGACGGCCUCUCCUCCCGUCGACCCAGCUCUCGGGGUAAAGCUAUGAGCCAAGAGCCACAGCCCUCGUUAGCGGCCGACCGACCACGGCGGGCGAGCACCGCUCGUAACACACCCGCUCCGGAGCCCCGGCCUCCCAACAAGCGAACUAAGCGUCCCGCCCCCGGCGUUGUUAGCACCACGAACAGUGGCGGGAACAGUGCUGUAGGUAAGCGAAAGGCCGCGCCGCGGAAGAAGGCGCGCGCGAGGAAGGACAAGGGGCUAGCGGAAACAGAGAUGGAGGAGGUGGACGACGAGGGAAACCCGAUCGAUCCAGAAGAGGACCGGUACUGUCUCUGCAACCGAGUCAGCUUCGGCACCAUGAUUCAAUGUGAUAACAUGGACAACUGUAAACAGGAAUGGUUCCACCUCGAGUGCGUCGAAUUAUCGGACAUUCCGGCACGAACGACUAAGUGGUAUUGCCCUGACUGUCGAGUGCUGCUUAACAUUGGGGAGAAGGGGGAGGUUAGUGCCCGGGGAGUGAGAAUGUAAGUUGAUUUGGUAUGGUAUGGAGACUGGGAGUUUGGGAGGGUGGUUAGGGAGUCAAAGAUACACUGCGGCUAUAGUUCAUUUGGACUGUGGGAUGGGAUAUGAAGGAGCUCUUCCGUGGGCUACCUGAUGGCAGGAAACCAACGCCUGGAAUGGAGGAAUACCCCUUGGUUAUGUUUUACGUACUAAACAAUUACCUUCAAUUCAUUAGACAACUGUUACCC